AUGUCUACACCACAAGCCAAGGCUGCCGCCCGCCAGCGCUUCGAGGCUGUCUACCCGCUCAUUCGCGAUGACCUGCUCAAGCAGUUCAAGGAACACAACAUGCCCGAAGAGGCGGUCGAGUACUACCGUCGGUCGAUGGACUACAAUGUGCCCGGCGGCAAGCUGAACCGCGGUCUGAGCGUGGUCGACACCGCGCAGAUCCUCAAGGGCCGCGACCUGACGGAGAAGGAGUACACACAGGCGGCCGUACUCGGCUGGGCUGUCGAAUUCCUGCAAGCAUAUUUCCUCGUGUCAGACGACAUCAUGGACGCGUCGAUCACCCGCCGUGGCCAGCCAUGCUGGUACCGUGUCGAGGGUGUCGGUCUGAUGGCCAUCAACGACGCGCUCAUCCUCGAGGGUGCCAUCUACCAAAUGAUCCGCGCGCACUUCAAGCGCGAGCCUUACUACGUCGACCUCCUCGAUGUAUUCCACGAGGUAUCGUUCAAGACUGAAAUGGGCCAACUUGUCGACCUCAUCACCGCGCCGGAAGACAAGGUGGACCUUUCCAAGUUCUCACUCGAUAGGCACCGCACCAUCGUCAUCUAUAAGACCGCGAUCUACUCUUUCUAUCUCCCCGUAGCGCUCGCCUUGAUCAUGUGCGGCUUCCCGACCGAGACCAAGCCCGGCGCACCGAACGUGUACGAGGCUUCGAUGGAGAUCCUUGUCCCCCUUGGCGAGUACUUCCAGAUCCAGGACGACUACCUCGACUACGCGGGUACCCCGGAGCAGAUUGGCAAGAUCGGCACGGACAUCCUCGACAACAAGUGCUCAUGGUGCAUCAACACCGCCCUUGCUCUUGUGUCACCCGAGCAGCGCGCUGUGCUCGACGCCAGUUACGGCCGUAAGGACUCGGCGGCAGAGGCACGCGUGAAGGAGAUCUUCAAGGCUGUUGGUGUCGACGAGCGCUAUGCUGCGUACGAGCAGGACGCGUACAACCGUAUCAACAAGCUCGUGGAGGCAUUGCCUGAGGCGACCAACCCGGCCGGCGACGCGACACUGCGGAAAGAGAUCUACACGAGCUUCUUGCACAAGAUCUACAAGCGCACGAAGUAG